CUUUUACAACGUAAGGGUUGUGUGUUUAUCGAAAGGAAUUUCCCGUUAAUUCUGCGCCUAAAGAUGGCGACAGAAAUGACCAGGAAUAAUUCUACAGAGUCUUCGUUGUCUGUGCAGCAAAGUCUUGAACAGGAAAGGGACUGUUAUAAGGAGAAAGUAGAACACAUGAAAGUUCUUCUGAAACAAUGUCAAGCUGAACUCCAUACCUAUAAGAUCCGCCACGGGGGAGUAGAAACUUUUUCAAGACUCUUACAAGAGACCAAACAGGAAAAUGUUGGUCUUGUUAAAAAAGUGAAGACAUUGGAGACGAUAAUUCGGAAUUUUCAAAGUAGAUUAAUUAAUAAUGGGUUAUCAGCAAGUCUCAGUUUGGAAGAAAGCGACGUUUUUAUUCCCGGUACCUCGAAACAAGUUCUUGAAAACCUCUCUCGAGAAAACUCUCGAUUAAAACAGCUUUUGAGAUCGUCCCCAAACGACCCGGAAGAAAUUCAAACCUUACAACAGAAAGUCAAAGAGCUGACCCAGAAAAAUUCCACCCUUCAACAACAGCUCGAAUCGAAGGUCUCCCGCCUGAAUGACCUUGAGAGAGCUCUGUCAAAUUCUGCAGACGAGAAAGAUGCUCAGAUUCGACGGCUGACUACCACGGUAGAGGAACUACGAGAGAGCUCACGUACGCGAGAUGUGUUGUGUUUAUCUCUCGCAGAGGAGAAAAACAACUUACAACAACAACUGACAGAUGUGGGGACCCAGUGCCAACAAAUGGCUUUACGUCUGGAAAACAGCAAAACCAAACAAGGGGCACAACUCAAGGGAUCAGACAAGUUUUCAGAGGAAAUAGAAAGACUGAGAGAGGAAAACUUUUCAUUAAAGUCCAAACUAGAAGAGGUAACGAAGAUGAACCAUCGCUGGCAAUCCUACAACACAAUGCAGGAGCAGAGAAUUCAACAGCUGAUGGCUGAAAUGGAGGCUAACCAGGCUUUAAUGGUCACGCCUGAGCGAGAGGAAUCGAUCAACCGUGCAUUAGAGGAGGCCAAGACAAAGCUGCAGUCAAUGGAAAAUCAAAAGAAAGAGUUUGAAACCAAAUUAAAUGAGGCCCUGACAUACAAUUCCCACCUAACACAGGAAGUAGAAAAACUCCGAGAGGAGGUGAACUCUCGUCGGGAGGGAACUUGUCUUAGCAGCAACUCCGAGUCAAUUGAGGCUUUGAAACACCAAAUACAGAUAUGUACUGAAGACUUUGAAUAUGAACGAAGUGACAGAGAAAAAGCUCAACACAGGAUAUCUCAACUCGAAGAAGAAAUGAGACAAAUUAAAGCUGAGAGAGAUCGAUAUAAAACUCGACUGUCUCAGCUCGAGUCUGAAAAUAGCAAGAGAGAUUCAGUUGGCCGAAACCGCUUGCCUCAAGUAAAUAUGGAAUAUAACGUUCUCACCAACCAGUCACUUUAUAAUGACUUCAAUCUAAAUCAAGUCAACCAAGGCUAUUCUAUGGAGACUCAGCUUGCUGCAAGGGGUCCAAGCCAAAGUCCAGAACUCAAGCCACCAAAGAGUUUGCCUGUUGAUGUUAACCCAAUUAAAGGUCAAAGGACAAUGGAUCAAGGUCACUCUGGUCAAACCGUCAGUUCUUCCUUUUAUGCCGUGCAGAACAUGAAUGAAAUAGACAGUCCUCCUCAGAUGGACAGUACCUCACCUUUGACCCGACCUAGUUUUCCUAAAAAUAGUCAUGAGUUUCCUCCCCCUGAUAAAGGAGAUACUGAUUUAGGUUUAUCACUUAAAGUUCCAUCUUUAAAUGACCUUGAUGAAAUCAAUGAUUCAGAAAGUGAAACUGGUAAUGGCCAAAUGUUGUCUUGUCCAAAGUGUGGCCAAAGUUUUAGUGCUGAUUGUCAUGCACAGUUAGUGGAACAUUUAGAUGUCUGCUGUGAUUGACCUUGACCUUUCUAACCUUUGACCUCUAAAUCAUACACUUGAUGGUAUUUUAAUUAAGACAUUGAAUUUUCAAAGUCAUUAUGAGAUAAUUACUUGAAAUUUUUCAAAGGAGGGGAGGGCAAUAUAAAAAUUCCGGCUUGAUUUUGACGUUUAUAAAUUUUAGGGACAUUUUGGAAAAAUUUUCAUAUCUUUAAAUGUUUUACAAUAGCAAAAAUAUUUCAGCCUAUUCACAUUUCAUCCACAGCUAUGAUAAAUAAU